CGGGGAUAUGGAGGUGUAUUUCCUAAAGGUCUGAGUUGGAUUCAAGCUAAAGAAGCCACACCAGGUCACCAGACAAGCGGCGCUGCAUCGUGCCAUGGAGACAUUAGAGGCUACAUCGGAGCUGCAGUCACGGCUGUCAUCCUUGUCCUUCUCGUCUUUCCCCGGAAUAACAUCCAAACAGUGCGACAACACACCGCCGGACAGGCUCCAGAAUACAAGUCUGUCAGAGGGCUUCGGCCAGUCCACCAACCCAGCUGACAUGGAUGAAACCAAGGAGGAUUCAGGACAGCACUCUGAGGGUAAUGAAGAGGCCCCUGCUGAGCUGGCCCUGGGGGAAGGAGGCGAGGAGAACAACAGCGCUGGGAGCUGUCAGCUCUCCGCUGAGAUGAAAGCCCAGAUGCCACCCCUGAGUCCCCCAGCGACUUGGACAUCUGCCGCGCUGAAGGAGCUCAAGGCGAAGCUCCGAACUGAGAAGGACAGCAUGGUGACGGUGUACCGAGGCGACAUCAUGACGGUUCACGUGCCCACCGUGCCCGAGGCCAAGAAAGUGUGCUGGGAGUUCGCUACGGACGGUUAUGACAUUGGCUUCGGCAUAUAUUUCGACUGGACUCCGGUGACGAGUCGGUCGAUCACGGUGCACAUCAGCGAGUCAAGCGAUGACGAAGAUGAAGAGGAGGAGCUGGAAGGGCCUGUCAGCAACGGCGAUGUCGAGAAGGGCUCUAAAAGUCACACCAACUCCAACUUGGCCGAAAUCUUGCCCGUGUACCGUCAGGACAGCCAUUUGUCCGUCCACGGGGGGAGCCACGACUUUCCAGGUGAAGGCACUUACCUCCUAAAGUUUGACAACUCCUACUCCCUUUGGCGAAACAAAACACUUUACUACAGGGUUUAUUACAGUGCCUGAGAUGCCAAUUUAUUGCUUAUGAAUGUAUAAUUUACAGAAGAAUAUUACUCAUGAGAACAAUGAACUAUUUUUGAUUCCGCACUUGGGAAAAAAAAUUCAAAUUAUAAUACAGAAGGUUAAAUAUACGCAAAUCUAUUUUUUAUCACUAUGGGCUUGUGUUGUCACAUGUUGAACUUUAUGUGUUUUAGUUCGUGUGCUUCUGUGUCUUGAUGAGAUGUAUUUAAAGAAGCCUUGCAUAUGUGCCAUAUUCCCAUGUAUGCACUGUGCUAUUUGGUCAAGUGCCCGUCAUAAAGCAUAUACCGUCUCCACCCGUAACAUUUCUAUGGUAGCAGUGAUCAGGGAACACCUGCACAGAAUCCAUUUCGCCCGGACAGGUGCUUAAUCAGCAGUGCUCUAAAGAAAUGAAGUUUUAUUUGUCGUGCGUGCGUGUGUGCACCUUUUUUUAUGACCGUGGUCGCUCUGUUGCUUCGUCGUCGUUCGCUGUAUUUAUCAUCCGGCUUUGUAGCGUAACUUAUUGUUUUUUUACCCCCCUCCCCCUCCAUCUGUGUUGAAUCUAAACCCAGAAUACAGCAUAAAUUGUGACGUCUGCUGUCAUAGUGUUGGUGAAAGUUGAAUGUACCUGAAGCAAGUGGUUACAGUUUUCCAGAUUGCUUUUUAUGACACAAAUAAAAGCCAUCCCCUUAUCGCAUAAAGCUCUUAUUAUGUAAUAUAGAUUCAAUAUUUACAUUUGCCUCGCCCCCCCCUUUUAAUUAGCUGUUUUGGUGGUAGGCACCAGUACGUUUCAUCUACAUGUAUUUCGUGCAGACGUCUUAUGUGAGUGAAAAUCGCUGUUUGUUUUUUUUGGACAUCCUCCUCAGUGCGUUACUUUGAGUGUGCUUUGUUCCAUCCUGUCUGUAAGAUCGAUGCUUCUACCGCAUUCACUUGUGCGCAUGUUCCCAAAGAAGUCACAGAUAUGCCUGCUAACGUAUACGAUGUAAAGCAACUGAUUCAAAGCUUCCCAGCUGUUUUGCUGUACUGUACCUUCACUGUAAGUUAUGCUGAUGGCAUUUGUUCCUGAAAUUUAUAUUACACAAUAAAAAUGAAGAUUGUCUUAAU